UCUUCGGGGGGCUUCUAUCGUGGAUUCUCUGGACACGCUGUACAUCAUGGGUCUGAUGGAGGAGUAUGAAGAAGCAAAGGAAUGGGUCCAAAACAGCCUGGACCUGAACUCGAACGGAGAGGCGUCCCUGUUUGAGGUGAACAUCCGUUACGUUGGGGGUCUUCUCUCUGCGUUCUACCUGACGGGCGCUGAGGUAUUUAAGCAGAAGGUGUUGGAGCUGGGCGAGAAGUUGUUACCCGCCUUCAACACACCCACCGGCAUUCCCAGAGGAGUCAUUAACCUGGGCAGCAGUGGCACCAGCUGGAGUUGGGGCUGGGCAUCGGCCGGGAGCAGUAUCCUGGCAGAGUUCGGGACGCUGCACCUGGAGUUCGUUCACCUGUCCCAACUGUCUGGAAACCCAGUGUUCACUGAGAAGGUGAUGAACAUCCGAAAGCUGUUGAACAAAAUGGAGAAGCCUCAUGGUCUGUAUCCCAACUUCCUGAGUCCCAUCAGUGGAAAUUGGGUGCAACAUCAUGUCUCGAUUGGAGGUCUCGGGGACAGUUUCUAUGAGUACCUGAUCAAAUCCUUCCUGAUGUCAGAUAAGACGGAUGAGGAGGCCAAGAAGAUGUACUACAGCGCUAUGGACGCCAUCGAGACGAACCUGGUGCAGAAGUCUCCGGGCGGAUUAACGUACGUGGCCGAGUGGCGAGGGGGCAUCCUGGACCAUAAGAUGGGGCAUCUGGCCUGUUUCUCCGGCGGGAUGAUUGGCAUCGGCGCUGAUGACGGGCCGGCGGGACAGAAGCAGCACUACCUGGAUCUGGCAGCUGAAAUCACUCACACCUGCCACGAGUCCUACAGCCGCUCAGCCACCAAACUUGGUCCAGAGGCUUUCCGCUUUGAUGGAGGAGCGGAGGCCACAGCCACCCGACUGAGCGACCGCUACUACAUCCUGAGGCCAGAGGUCAUCGAGAGCUACAUGUACAUGUGGCGUUUGACCCAUGACCCCAAGUACAGGGAGUGGGGCUGGGAGGCGGUGGAGGCAUUAGAGAAGCAUUGUCGCGUAGACGCGGGUUUCUCAGGAAUCAGAGAUGUGUACGCCUCUACAGUCAGUCACGACAACAUGCAGCAAAGCUUCUUCCUGUCCGAGACUCUCAAAUACCUGUACCUGCUGUUCUCGGACGACGACCUGCUGUCUCUUGAGGACUGGGUGUUUAACACGGAGGCUCACCCGCUGCCCGUCGUACGCAAAACCUGCCUGCAGGAGCACAGCACCAGGCCAGACGACGGACAGACGACCCUGGAGUAAUAUCCACCGUUACACACACAAACACACACACAUGAAACAUGGAUUCAAAGGCAGGGCCGCAACCUCACGGUCUUGACUUGGAUUCUCAGCUCCUUUCCUGUAAAGGAUCUCUUUAUAUAUACGCUGUGAUUGUAUAUCUCUGAGCCGAGACUUCCUGCUCUCCUCGGUGGGCAGAAGCCAGCGCAAUUUUCCGUGGACAAUCAGUGAAACGUGACUUUCAUGAGAAGAGCACCUUUUUUCUUUGCUGCUUUCCUCUGUGAGGAAAAAAAAAACCGAAUAACUUGCAGCCCCGAAUCUG